UUUUAUAAAAAUUAUCUUAGUACGAAAGGAUUAGGUAAUUGGAAUAAUUCUUGCUUUGUAUGUAUAAGUAUAAUCGGUCUGUUGCUUUGGCAGAAUUAUGCAUUGGACUUAGGAUCCAAUAAUGUGGGUGUUAAUCCCACAGGUAAUACUGUGAUAACAUUAAUUAUAGUUAUUAAUUACUUACUGUUGAUUAUUUGUGUUUUAGUAGGAGUUGCGUUUGUUACAUUACUAGAGCGUAAAAUUUUGGGUUAUAUUCAAAUCCGUAAGGGUCCCAACAAGGUGGGAUUUAUAGGGUUGUUACAACCAUUUGCCGAUGCUGUUAAGUUGUUCACUAAAGAACAGACUCUACCGGUUAUAUCAAAUUUUCUCCCUUAUUACUUAUCUCCUGUUUUUAGUCUUUUUGUGUCUUUAAUUGUAUGGCUAGUUAUGCCGUAUGAACUGGGGUUAAUAAAUUUUAGUAUGAGAACUUUGUUUUUUCUAUGUUGUACAAGUCUAGGAGUGUAUACGACUAUAAGAGCAGGGUGAGCUUCAAAUUCUAAAUAUUCCUUAUUAGGAAGCCUGCGAGCGGUAGCCCAGACUAUUUCUUAUGAGGUAAGAUUAGCUUUGAUUCUACUGUCAUUCAUUUUUUUAGUAGGAGGGUUUGAUUUAAGAUUAUUUAGUUUAUAUCAGCGAGAUGUGUGACUAUUAUGGUUUACUUUUCCGCUGGCUUUAAUUUGAUUUGCUUCUUGUUUAGCAGAGACUAACCGGACUCCUUUUGAUUUUGCAGAAGGAGAGUCUGAGUUAGUGUCAGGGUUUAAUACGGAGUACAGAAGAGGGGGAUUUGCCUUGAUCUUUAUAGCAGAGUAUGCAAGAAUUUUAUUUAUAAGAAUGUUAUUUUCUUUAAUUUUUCUAGGGGGGAAUCUGCUGAGACCUCUUUAUUAUGUAAAGCUUGUAAUAGUAGCGUUUGCUUUUGUAUGAGUCCGGGGGACGUUGCCUCGUUUUCGUUACGUUACCGGUAGCAUUAAAUUAUUUGAUUUUUUUAUAGGAGUAAAGUCUAUCUGUUUCGUUUUUAUAUUAUAA